UUAAGGGCCAGUAAGAAUUUUCCGGUGUUCUAACAAAGGCUCUUACACCAGACUGAUCAAGGUUUGCAAUUUCCCUUCCCUAUGGCUUAUCUCAGUGCCCUCACCUAAGCUCUUCCUGGUUCUCUAAACGAACUUGGGAGACUUUGGACUCUGCAGCUUUUUCCGGUGUUCUUUCGCUUGUUUUGUGGAUGGGGGUCGUUCGAUUUUGGGGGUGGUCCCCGAUCACCGAAAGACAAGGGAAGUACCGGCUGAAUGGCUCCACAGUCCCUUGCAGGGCCUACUCCAUCCUACUUGUUACAUAUGUACUUCUGGGAAUUUGUGUAGCAAAUGAUUCAAAACCAAACAUUCUCUUGAUAAUGGCAGAUGACCUUGGGAUUGGAGAUUUGGGUUGUUAUGGCAAUAACACACUCAGGACCCCAAAUAUUGAUCGCCUUGCCAAGGAAGGAAUCAAACUCUUGCAGCACUUAGCUGCUGCUCCUCUGUGUACUCCCAGCAGAGCCGCUUUCCUGACAGGUAGACAUGCCUUCAGAUCAGGAAUGGAUGCCACUAAUGGAUAUCGUGCACUUCAAUGGAAUGGAGGUUCAGGAGGACUUCCCACAAAUGAAACAACUUUUGCAAAAAUACUACAGAAGCAAGGAUAUGCAACAGGACUUAUAGGAAAAUGGCACCAAGGAGUGAAUUGUGAAUUCCGAACUGAUCACUGCCACCAUCCAUUAAGACAUGGAUUUGACUAUUUUUAUGGCAUGCCUUUCACACUUAUAAAUGAUUGUCAGAUAAAUAAACCCCCAGAAGUAGAUGCUGCCUUUAGAGCUAAACUUUGGGUUUACACCCAGGUAAUUGUCCUUGGGAUGUUAACACUUAUAACUGGCAAACUUGCUGGCUUAAUCUCAGUAUCCUGGAAAAUACUGAUGUAUUUGAUUACUCUUAGUUUUCUGUUUUUCAUUUCCUGGUACUCCAGUUUUGGAUUUGUGCAGUAUUGGAACUGUAUCAUGAUGAGAAACUAUGAAAUUACUGAACAACCAAUGGUUUUAGAGAGAACAGCAACUCUUAUGCUAAAGGAAGCAAUUUCAUUUAUUGCCAGAAACAAGCAUAAGCCCUUCCUCCUCUUUGUUUCUCUGCUGCAUGUCCAUAUUCCUCUUGUUACAACAAAACAGUUCCUUGGGAAAAGCAGACAUGGCCUCUAUGGAGACAAUGUAGAAGAGAUGGACUGGAUGGUUGGUAAAAUUCUUGAUGCAAUUGAACAGGAAGGCUUGAAAAACACAACAUUUAUUUACUUUACCUCAGACCACGGAGGGCAUUUGGAAGCUAGAGAAGGACAUGUCCAGCUUGGUGGAUCAAAUGGAAUAUACAAAGGAGGCAAAGGCAUGGGAGGCUGGGAAGGUGGGAUUCGUGUCCCAGGAAUAUUUCGAUGGCCUGGGAUGUUACCGGCAGGUCAAGUGAUUGAUGAACCUACAAGUCUGAUGGAUGUCUACCCGACUGUAGUUCAUCUAGGAGGUGGUAAAAUUCCUCAGGACAGAGUGAUUGAUGGCCACAAUCUGAUGCCUUUGUUACAAGGAACUGUUGAGCACUCCAAACACCAUUUCCUAUUUCACUAUUGUGGGAUUCAUUUACAUGCAGCACGGUGGCACCAAAAGGAUAGUAACAAAAUCUGGAAGGUUCAUUAUAUAACUCCAAAUUUUCACCCAGAAGGAUCUGGAGCUUGCUAUGGGAGAGGAGUCUGCCCAUGUUCUGGGGAACAUGUAACUUACCAUGAUCAACCUCUGCUAUUUGAUCUCUCAAGAGAUCCCUCUGAGACUAACCCACUUUCACCUGAUACUGAGCCCUUCUAUCAUACUGUGAUUGAAAGAUUAAGAGAGGCAAUAAUGGAGCAUCAGAAUACUUUCCACCCUAUUUCUCAGCAGUUUUCUAUGAACAAUAUCAUGUGGAAACCAUGGCUUCAGCCAUGUUGUGGUACAUUCCCAUUUUGUUCAUGUGACAAGGAAAGUGACAAUGCCCACACUGCUCUCUAGAUAUUUAAAAGCAAGUAGAGCAUAGUCAGUUUUGAAGAUUUUUAAAGGCAAUUUGUUUUAAAAGGUAAGAGAAAUCAAAUCAUUUUGGGCAUCACUCCAAAAUAUUAGGACACAAUGAUUACAAAUAAAGUCAGAUCUAAAUAAUUAGAUUGUAAAAUCAUAAAUUGCUCAGGAGUUGAUCAAGCCAAGAUAUUAAAACUGACAACCCUACCUAAAUUAAUUUACCUAUUCAGAUACAUACAAUCAAACUACACAAAAAUUAUUUCACAGGGCUAGAAAAAAAUAACAAUAAAUUUAAUCUGGAAGAACAAAAGGCCAAGAAUGUCAAAAUAAUCAGUGAAAAAUCAUAUGAAGGAAAGUGGUUUAGCUAUACCAUAUCUCAAACUGUAUUAUAAAGGGACAACCAUCAAAACAAUCUGGUACUGACUGAGAAAUAGGAUAAUGGAUCAAUGGAAUAGAUUAGGCACUUGAUACAAAGAAGUAAGUGACCAUAGUAAUCUAAUUUUUGACAAACCCAAAGAUUUAGACUUUUGGAAGAACUCACUAUUUGACAAAAAUUGGGGGGAAACUGGAAAAGAGUGUGGCAGAAACUAGGCAUAGACCAACACUCACACCAAAUUCUAAGGUAAAGUCUAAAUAAAUAUAUGAUUUAAAAAUAAAGGUGGGUACCAUAAACAAAUUAAGGUAGCACAACAUCGUUUAUCUGUCAGAUCUAUGGAUUAGAAAAGAAUUCAUGUCCAAAAAAGACAUAAAUAAAUUAUGAGACAUAAAAUAGAUAACUUUUAAAUUAAAUUAAAUUUAAAUUAAUUAAAAAUUAAAAUUAAAUUAAAAAGGAUUUGCAGAAGCAAAACUAAUGAAACCAAGAUUAAAAGGGAAACAACUACUUGGGGGGGGCGGCAUAUGGCAAACAUCUCCAACAAAGACCUCAUUUAUCAAAUAUAUAGAGAACUGAAUCAAAUUUAAAGAAUACAAAGCAGUCCCCAAUUGACAAGUAGUCAAUGGAUAUGAACAGAUAAUUCUUAGAUAAAAAAAAAUUAAAAUUGCCUUUAGUCAUAUGGAAAAAAUGCUCCAAAUCACUAUUAAUUAGUGAGAUGCAAAUUAAAACAUUUGGAAGUACUACCUCACACCUAUCAGACUGGCUAAUAAGAAAAAAGAAAAGGAAAAUGAUGUGAUUGAAUGGUUUGGGGAAAACUGGGACAUUAAUACACUGUAAAUUGAGUUGUGGACUGAUAAAAGCAUUCUGGAGAGCAAGUUGUAAUCAUUCUCAAAGGACCAUAAAACUGUGCAUACUUUUGGCCCAGCAGUACCACUGCUAGGCCUGUAUCCAAAAGAGACCAAAAAAAAGUACAUAGAAAAACUUAUACAAAAAUAUUUGUGGUGGGGGAGGCAGAGUCAAGAUGGCAGCAUAGAGGCAGCAAAAGUUCAGACCUCUGAAAACCCUUCCUCACCAAUUAAAUACCAAAUGCUCCUAGGGGAUUGAAAACCAAAUCUAACAACAGGACAGAGCUAAGGAACCCCUUGCUGGACUCAACUUAAAAGGUAAGCCUCCCAAAAGCCUGAAUUCAAGAACACUCAGUUUUAAGGAGAAGGAAGAAGGAAGGUCCCAGGAUGCCUACCCCACCUACAAUGCUGAGCCUCCAGCAGUGGCUAGAAUCUCUGGGAGAGCAAGGGUGCUAGUCUGGAGGGAUAUCUUGCAGGGAAAGCACUCCCACACUCAGGAGUUUGAACACGGGUAGCUGGGAGGCAGCUCUAGGAGAAGUAGAGAAGAGGCAGCCUAGUCACAGCAGCCGAGACACUCCAUAUUGCACCCCCUUCCAAAGGUUUUGGCCUCAGGGCACAUUCAGCUCUGCAAGUUCAACUCAGCUGGGCUUAAUCUAUUCAAGCUUUCAGAGGGCAGGGAAGCUCAAGCUCCAACACCCCUCCCCAACAGACUAUUGUGAGAGGCACAAUAGUGCCUCCAAGGGUGAAGGUUGACAGAAAAGCCCCAAAGCACAGAUUCAGCAUGUAAUGAGAGGAGCAAGAGUAUAAACAACUACAUGGGGAAAAGAAGGGGAAAAUAUGAGCAAAUAAAGUAUGGUCAUUUAAUAAAAUAGAAGAAUUCCAAGCAUUCAUAAAGAAAAGACCAGACCUCAACAGAAAAUUUGAUGCCCAAAUAGGGAACUCAAGAGAAUCAACAAAAAGUAAUUAAGAAAGGAGGAAAAUAAAAAAAUGAAAACUUUUUUAAAGGGACCCAAUAAGUUAAAAUGAUAUGUAUACCUACAAGAAAAAAUAUUUGGUAACUCUUAAAAAUUGUAAUUAUCACCUGGGUAGCUGGAAGAAUUAUACUUAGAGGGAACAAUGACACUGUAUAGGAUGAAGUGCCAAGACACAAAUAUGUAUAUAGAUAUAUAUAUAUAUAUGCAUAAAUAUGGAGAUAUAUAUAUAUAUAUACAUAUAUAUAACUAGAGUUUUUUUUAAAGAGGUUAAUACUAAGAGAAAUGGGAAAAGAAACAAAAUGAGGUAAAUUUAUAUGUCACAAAGAAGGGCAUGGAGGGAGGGGGGGAGAACAUCAAUACACUGGAAGGGUAAAGUGGUUGGAGAUAGGAAAUAUUCAAUUCUUAUGUGCAUUGAAAUUGACUCAAAGAGGGAAGAACAAUCAAAUACAUUGGGGCAGAGAAUUGAUUUGUGCCCGAUAGGGAAAUAGAAGGGUAACAAAUGGACUGGUGGGCAGGGAAGCAAUAUGAGGGAGGGAGAGGGGUGGGGAUUAGUUUAAAAAGACUGUAAAGAAAAUAAGAGGGGAAUAAGAAAGGAGGGGGGUAGAAAGGGAAGUAAGAUAAGGGUGGGAAUUGGACUGAUUAAAAAGAAAACAAUGGUGUAGAAGGAAGUAGUGAAAGAAGAAAGGGCAGGACUAGGAGUGAAAAUCAAAAUGCUGGGAAAUACACAGAUGGUAAUCAUAACUCUGAAUGUGAAUGAAAUGAACUCAUCAACAAUGCACAAGUGAAUAGCAGAGUGUUUUAGAAACCAAACCCCUACCAUAUGCUGUCUACAAGAAACACACAUGAGGAAGGUAGACACACAUAGGGUAAAAAUAAGAGGAUAGAGUCAAAUCUAUUGGGCAUCAACUGAUAAAAAGGAAGCAGGAAUCACAAUCAUAAUAGCUCAAGUAAAAAAAUAUAUCGAGUCAAAAGAGAUAGAGGAGGUAAUUACAUCCUUAUAAAAGGCCAUGUAGACAAUGAGGAAAUAUCAGUACUCAACAUGUAUGCACCAAAUGGAAUAGCAUCCAGAUUUCUAAAGGAGAAACUAGUGGAGCUCAAGGAUGCAAAAGACAGAAAAACUAUACUAGUGGGAGACCCGAACCUUCCUUUAUUAGAACUAGAUAAAUCAAACCAAAAAAAUAAGAAAGAGGUGAGAGAAGUGAAUGAAAUCUUAGAAAAAUUAGAGUUAGUAGAUAUGUCAAGAAAAAUUAAUAGGGACAAAAAGGAAUACACCUUCUUUUCAGUAGCACAUGGUACAUUCACAAAGAUUGACCAAGUACUGGGGCAUAAAAACAUUGCAAACAAGUGCAAAUAAGCAGAAAUAAUAAAUGAAAUCUUCUCAGAUAACAAAGCAAUGAAAAUAAUAAUUAGUAAGGGUAUACAGAGAGGAAAAUAAAAAAAAUUAAUUGGAAAUUAAACAAUAUGAUUCUCCAAAAUUGGCUAGUUAAAGAUCAAAUCAUAGAAACAAUCAAUAAUUUCAUUGAAGUAAAUGACAAUGAUGACAAAUCCUUUCAAAAUCUAUGGGAUGCAGCCAAAGCAUUACUGGGGGGGGGGGAAGGGGGGACUUAUAUCCUUGAAUUCAUAUAUUAACAAAUUAGGGAGGGCAGAGGUCAAUGGCAUACAAAUUUAAAAACUAGAAAGUGAACAAAUUAAAUAUCCUCAGAUGAAAACUAAAUUAGAGAUCCUAAAAAUCAAAGGAUAAAUUAAUAAAAUUGAAAGUCAAAAAACUAUUGACUUAAUAAAUAAGACUAUAAGCUGUAAACCUUAAAAUUUCUUAGACUUAUAAAUGUUGGAAAUUUCACCAUUGGGAAAUUUCAUACUUGAAAAAUUUCCUAUUGAUAGUGGGUCUUGGCUAUUGGAAUGUGAACCCCAUUGGCAUGGGAGGUUCCUCCUCCUCCCUUCUUAAGAUUACUUUAGGACAGAAACCUUUUGCUGAACAAUGGAAAGGACUUUGACCUAUGCUUAAGCAUAGAACAGGAAUUUCUUUGAGUCAUGAUUGAUUUUAGAAUUGAUACAAUGGAGAUACUUGGAAUGACAGAACCAAGUCUUGGAAAUUGCAAUCUCCACCCUACUCAGUCCUAACAGGAUUUAGGAAGGGCUGCAGCAUAGAUCAAAAUUUAAUUAUUCCAAUCUCUACCCUACUCGGGGUAACAGGAUUUAGGAAGGGCUGUAGCAAAAGAUCAAGAUUUAAUUAUUUGAGAAUAUGACCUCCAACAGACAUGUGCAAAGCCACAGACCUCUGGGCAGUCCUGGGUUAAGCUAGAGCCACCAUUGGCACAGGGAAAAUGAUGGACAGUGAUUGGUAGAUGUGAGAACUGAGGGGAGGGAACUUGGAUGGUUUCCUUAAAGAUAGAGGGGUCUGAGGACUGAAGGUUAGGGGGAGAGUUUUGGCUCUAAGUGGUUGGAGAGGUGCUCUGAGAAGCUUGCUCUGAAGGAAGCUGGAGGUGGAGGCCCUGGAGACUGUUUCUCCAUUUUGGUCACGUGAAUAAUAGGGACUGAUCUCCUUUCUUUGCCCCAGCUAUCUAAGGGCUUGGGCCUUUUGGCCCAGCCUAAACAGAGGGGGUAUUUAAGCCCUAUUCCCUUCUCUCCCCUUUCUCUCUCUCUCUCUCUAUCUCUAUCUCUAAUUCCUUUCUUCCUCCUGUUUGUAAUUAAACUCUAUAAAAGGCUGA